AUGAAGCGUGUCCAGAAGAUUUGGGUGGUGGUGGUGGUGGUGUGUGGGGCUGUGUUUCUGGGACUUUCCUCGCUGAGGUCAGAGGCCCGAAAUAGUGGCGCUUCGGCGAGCGCUCAGAGGUCUGGUCACCAGCUCUCUGCCCCGCCCUCUGCGGGGAGCGGUCCAGCCGCAGCGCGGGCCCCCUGCGCUGUCCCAUCUCCCGGCAGAACGGGGAGAGCCUGGCCAAAGGCUCAGCGCUACAUGAACGUGCCCCAGGGGACCCCGAUGAGCCGAGGCCGGCGCAGCUGCAGACGGCGUCGCCGAGGUCCACGGGGACACAUCGCCGAGGUCCCUCGGCUCAGCUCCCACGGUUCCACGCCGACGGCAGUGGCGGUGAGAGCUGCGGCCCGGGGCGCCCGCCAAUCAGGAGGCAGCGGCCGACUCCGGGCACGCCCCGUGACGUCACUCAUCCGGCCCUGGAAGUCCCGCCCAGUGGCCGGGUCUGGGAAAAGCCUCGAAGGGCCAGUGGGUGGGGCUUGUCGAAGGGUGAAAAUAACUCCCUUGUAA